AUGGAAGUUAAUAGCACCGUUGCCCUUCGGCGACUGUCGCUGAGCACAGUAUCUAGCCGCAGCUAUCAAGCGCCUGAAUAUCCCGAGAAUGAUCUUUCCGGGGACUCUGCCACGUCUCACAACGAGGAGCCGCCGGCAUAUUCGCGCGCAUCUCCAGCAACGCAGGUUCCUGGACGAGGAUACAGUACAAGGCUUCAUCGCUCGCCAGGUGUUUUGCUGCCCACGCUUCUGUAUGCAGCGCUGGCAAUCUAUACGUGGGUUGCGAUCGUCCACCUUUCCUUUCGUCCCAUGAGCGCCAAGUCGUGGGGGGCACUUCUAAGAGCGCAUUAUUCCUAUUCCGAAUCCUUGGACUACGUGCCGAACGAAGGCAUUUAUCGCUCUGCCGUGGUAAUCAGAAUCCUUAUCGUUAUCAUCACUCUCCCUUGGCUUUCCGCUGUAUGCGCAAGCGCAGCGGUCAUCUAUGUACAGAAUCAAAAGACGGCUGACAGCCUGCGAAUGCGCCAAGUCACGAAUCUGGCAGACCGUCGAUGGCUGGAUAUCAGCCUGUACAAAGGCCUUGUCUUUGGAGGAUGGAAGAAGCAUGGCAGUGCAUUCUUGAUUUUUGCUAUCGUCCUUCAUCUCAUUGCCGGCUUGACAUAUCCCAUCCAGUCAAUCUUCCUCGAAACAAAGACGAUCCGUGUCCCCGAGUCCAUGGACAAGGUGGCUACCAUAGCCGAUCUUCCCAGCCUUAGAUACCGUGACACAGCUACCUCGCUGAUAGGCAAUGACAUCUUGACGGCUCGUCGAGCUCUCAGCGACGCGAACUCCGUCAACGUCCAGCCGUUCUUGUGGCAGAACACAUCUGGAGUUCAACUACAUACCCUGAGUGACAUUCUAUCCUUGAACGACUCUUUCUAUGCUCAGCUUCCGACUGGAUUCAACACGGGCGUACUGCAACAGUUUGCGCCUCGCGUGAACUCCACCGCCACGUACGAGACUAUCCUUGCUAGCGAAUUUCCGUCGAACUGCGACAGUAUUCCUGGGUCUUUUUAUUCCAGAUAUUAUUCCGAAUACGCAGUAUCCGAAUACCAUAGAAGCUGGGGAGUCACGGCCUGCAUGCCUUCCAAUCUGACUAAAUCACAGUGGCAGAAGACGCGAGAUCGUCAGGAGUUCUCCGAAACGCUCUAUCUGAAUUUCACCAGCACAAAUGGACAUUCCGGCGACACACCCGCUGACGGUAAGCUGUACCGGAUCACAGUCAACACCACCGCUGGAUACUUCGAGCUGCCAAAUUACAUGAAUGAAGGAAAGCCCGGUCCACUUUUGGAGCAAGACCCCGUUAGCCUCUGUGGCGCAGACUGUCACUACCAGACGUUUGAUCCUCAUCCGAGCAUCAACCGGAUCCGUCGCGAUAACAUCACCACCACAGACACCCUUGACGCAGUAUCCUGGGGCCCACUUGCAACGGCCAGUAAAGGGCCCCUUCUCACGACGGCACUCGCAAUGUUUGGUCCAGGUUCUUUCCUGGACACAUUCGCUGCGAAGAUCUGGGCCAUCAACGACAGCUUCAACAGAGCCAACGUCACAGGGGAUAUCUGUCUUGACGGCCCUCCACUCCUCGACCUGAUCCUGUAUGAAUCAUACAGCCCCAAGCAUUACUGCCUAGAUGCUCCUCUGGGGACUCGCUACGUGGGCAGCUACGCGGACACCCUCAUCCAUCAGUGGCUCGGCUACUUCCUCGACGCCGAGGACCGAUUCCCCAUGCUCUUCACGGCGGCAGCCUUCCUAUCCAACAAGCAACUGCUCGAGUCAGUGACUGGCCAGUGGCGGAUACACCAGGAUCUCGGAGCCGAGAUGACCAUCCCUACUAUCUCCCCUGCAGGGAUAAUCGUCGGCUCAAUCAUGAUGGCCCUAUACAUCAUCCCGAUGUUGGGACUCGCAUUUUACGCGGCUUGUUACCCACGGUGGACAGAACGACUGGAUUCCUUCACGAUGCUGCGCUUCGGGGCCGCGAUUGGCGAUAAACUGCUCCCUCUGCGAGUGGCUAAGUCAGUGGAUGAGAUCCCAGUAUUGGAUGAAAUCCCGGGUGUUGUGAGGGAUGUGUCUAUUCCGGAUGGGGAUGAGGUUCUGCCGGUAGGUACUUUGGGACUUGGGGAUGGACAGCCUUUGCAGGGACAGCGUCGGUAUGAGGCUUUUAAGGAGAGCGAUGAGCUUUUGACGCAGGUGGAGCACAGGACGCUGCAGUCGAGAAUCAAUGUUGAUCCAUGA